GUAGGUACGCGGUUAUUUUGCUCGCAAGCCGUUACAAAAUUUAUUCAUGCUAAAUAAUCAGAUAAAUUUCACGAUGGUAUGGUAAAAAUUGUUUUUUUUUAUUCUCAGUUUUUAAGAAAAUCUUUUAGUUACUUUGAAUUUUGAGUUAUCAAGUUAGAUGAAAUAAAUUUGUCCUGUAGCUGACAUAAAUGAAAUAAUUGUUUGACUCAACUAUUCAUCGAGGAGAGAUUGUCAACGUCAUCAAAUCGUCCACAUCUAUUCUUUCAAGUCAUCUACAUCAGCAGAGGUUUCAUAGGGUUUAAAGUAAACUGAUUUACUUUAAGUUUUCAAAUUUGAAGAAAACCUCCAAAACUACAUACCCAGUUAAGAAAAUUUUUAAAAAUGGGUAAAAAAUCGAGCAAAAUGAAGCAGGAGGAUAUUGAAGAUUUGAAGGCCCUCACCCAGUUCACAGACGAAGAAAUUCACGAGUGGUACAAGGGUUUCAUAAGGGACUGUCCCAGUGGGGAGCUAACAGUCACGGAGUUCAAAAAAAUUUACGCCCAGUUCUUUCCGAGUGGUGACGCUUCGAAGUUCUCAGAGCACGUUUUUAGGACAUUUGACGUCAAUAAUGACCAGACGAUCGACUUCAAAGAGUUCUUGUGUGCUCUCAGCAUCACAAGUAGGGGGAGUGUGGAGCAAAAGUUGAGGUGGGCUUUCAAAAUGUACGACCAGGAUGGCAAUGGGUCGAUUUCGAAAGGAGAGAUGCUAGAAAUCGUGUCGGCGAUAUUUUGCAUGAUAGGAGAGAGCAACAAACACCUAGACGACGGCAAGUCAGCUGAGCAACGCACGGAAAAAAUCUUCCAAGAAAUGGACAAGAACCACGAUGGUAGCCUCUCCCUAGAGGAGUUUGUUGAGGGGGCCAAAAAGGACCCUUCCAUCGUCCAGAUUCUUCAGGGGGGCAUGAUAGGGUGAUGCCAAAUCUUUUGAAAUUUUUGUUAAUUUUUUUGAUUAUUCAUUUGAUUUUUUGAUUGGCGAACCUUGAAUCUUUCUAUUCUUACUUUGUCAAAUUUACCCAUUUGUUACUUCGUGGGGGUAUUUUAGAGAGAGGGGUUUGCUUCCAGAGGGGGUAAUGUUCGGGUUAUGAGACAUAAUUUACUUUAUAAAUUAUUAUUUUUUUAUAUUUAUUAAAUAGGUAUUACUCAUUCAUUCCUUCUUUUGUUUGAAAUGUGGUUUAAAUUAAAAUGUUAUUCAAGUUUUUAAGAACUUAGGUGAAUAAUUGGUUAAUGCAUUUUAGAAUCUCAUAUAUAAUGCAGUUUGCAAUAUUAACGUGUAUGAAUUUUAUGUUUUAUAGCAGGGGUGGGCAAACUUCGGCCCGCGAAGCUAUUUUAUGCUAACAGCGAGGCCUUGUUUGCCAAAAUUAAAGUCGUCAACCAGACAUCGUGACCAAAAAAAGAAAAAGGAGCCCCAAAUCUUAAAAAAUUCUCCCCCGGGGUCGAAAAAAUUUGCUAUUUGCGGCCCGUAAAACGUAAAAUAAUUCUCAAUGCGGCCCUCACAGCAAAAAUGUUUUGCCACUCCUGUUUUAUACCCAAAAAUUUCUUGAGAACAUUAAGUAAAGUGACAUUCUUUCUGACUUUAUACCAGCAUGUAAUGUGUAAUUCGUUGUUUCAGGUGUAUUUGCACGCACUGUGUCUAUGUUGUUGAUGUUGCAUCCGAAAAAAAGAUUGAAAAGCGAGAAUUGUAUUAAAUAAAUAUAUGAAAUGAAAUAUUCGCCAACACAUCUAACGCUAAAUAUGAUAUGUCUUAAUUUUUUUUAAAAAAAUAAAGUCUUAAACACUUAUCACAUUGCUUUUGUUGACCAUUUUACAAUUUAUCCAUUGGAUUUUAAAUCAGAAUUGAACUAUAGUACCUACUCAUAAUUUAAGUCUGGCUCGAUAUAAGUCACCAGUUUAUUUAUAAUUUUGAUUGUAAAGACAAAUGUUGGAUUAAAAAAACAAAAGUC